CCCUGACGCCCAAUUCCAUCAGGAUCGUAUAUUGCGAGGAUUCUCGGACAUUCGCACACAGGUAGAAUAUUUUGGGAAAAUCGUAAGGACUGCUCUCGCCUUGGUCUAUCACCACAAGGAAUACCCAUCUAUGAGUGAUUAAUACCGAGUUGCGACACUUCACGUUUACUUGGUUUUUAUAGAUUGUGCACUCCCGCUGGGCCGACUUCUAUCGUUUACCAACCCACGUCACUCGCGGCCGGCGUCCGACUGCGCAAUUGGAUGACUUGUUAUGACCAUUCCUUCCGAUCCUUAUCUUGCUGACAAGUCGAUUCUAUCCCUGGCUACCGAAUUCAUCGACAUCUUCAGGAGGACCUCAUACGAAAAUGCCCUUCUCAGGCAAAUUUUCAAUCAUUCGGAUGCCAUGAGUAUCUUGCAAAUCAUCUACGGCAUUCUUCGAUUCAACCAGUACCUGGUCGAUCCUUGCGAGCUGCUGGGAACGUUGACACCAGUUCUAUUGCAUACGAAUCGUCAGUACCACCUAACAAGGCCCAGGGCAUCGGCCUUAGCUGUGAAAACGUCGGGUUUUCCCUUCCGCAAUGGCAAGAAACGAGGCGUCCCUGGACAGCGCCUCAGAAAUGAAAACGGGUGCUUCUGCCUCUGCACCAUAAUUCUGCAUAUAAAGAGCGUGCGGCGCGUGCUGGGAUCAACUUUGUGGUCCAGACGUCAGAGAGAAACGAUGUACCGCUAUAAUCAGCUGCACCGGAGAACUCUGAACGAAGACGCUGUUCUUUGCGGUGGUCGUUCACUUGAAAUCUCCCCACACACAUAUCCACAUUUCGGUUUAUCGAGAGCCUGAGAAUAGCGACCUGAGGACUCGUAACCGACUCUCUCAUCGCCCUUGGAUCACCAGUCUAAG